AUGGCAGGCAAUCAACAACAGACUCCCUUAGUUCCUAAUGAGGGUGGCGACCGCACCAAUACGGACCAUGUCGAACAGUCAGCCACUCAGGGGAUGCCCAAUGAAGAUGCCUGCGAACAGCGGCACCGCCAUUACGAUCCGGCCGCGCAAGAUCUCAGCGAUAACCAAACAUGCUGUGCGGCCGCUGGGUCAUUUGGUGGAUAUUCCUGCACUGACCACACGCAUCAUAUCGACAAGGGCAAAGGCGCAGCACCUGCUUCUGCACAGGCUUACUUUUCCGGUCGGCAAAUUACCGACUGGCAAAAUGAUCAGCAAUCCCAGCAUUGGUUUCAGUUGGGCCACGGCACGGUGGAUGCCCGCGAGUCAACACAAGAGCACCAGAGAAGGGCCAUGAGGAUGAUCGAGGAGAUUGAUGCCAUACUGGAAAACAUGCCUCGGCCCUCCAGUGGCGAAUCACAAGGACGUGGUCAUUCCAACUUCGAAGUGCCACCGAGGACAGAAGUUGAUCAGAACGGUCAAAUUUUGUCUGAGAUGAAGGGCUUACGUGAAUUCUCAACAGCUAUAGAUCUGAGAGAGAGUCAGCGUGUUGUUCCUUGGCGUCCCCCAGAUACACCGGGAGCCGAGAUGUCCAAGCCGAGCGUGACGAACCUAUUGGAAGAAGCGAACUUGACUGCAUUGGCGGAUUAUCCAAGCAGACGCAUAAUCAUUGUGGCGGAACUUGAAGUGGAAUAUCCUCAACUGCAUCCCUUUGGUAACAAAGCUGAUCUAACAAUCCACAAGUUAUUGCGCCGUUGGGAAGGUAUCCGGCAACACAAUCAGAAGGAGCCUCAGCAAUCCCACUGUGAUAACCAAGGAAGCGAUUCUCCAAAGAAGAGUGGACCAAGUCAAGAAGGGAAGAGAACCCGGCGCCGGGAGGAUAGACCAGAGGAUGCAGGAUUGCUUCAAAAGAAGCAGAAACAGACUUCUGGACCCGGGAGUGACCGCGAUUUCGCCUGUCCCUUCAUAAAAAGGGACUUGGAUCGGUGGUGGGGAACUUGCUGCCGCUUCCAUACUCCAAAAAUGAGUUAUGUCAAGCAACACAUCAAGAGAUCUCAUCCCUCUGAGCCACAUGUCGCCGAGGCUUUGGCGCCACGGCUGAAGUCUGCUCAGCCUGAGUCGGAGCAGUGGUACUCGAUAUUUGAUAUUCUGUUCCCUGAUCAAGAACCAAGACCCCCAUCGCCUUACUAUGUCGACCUUGCAUCGAUGAACCUGGCGAGUUUGCACAGCUACAUUGGGUCUUGCGAGGAUCUGGUUAUAUGGGAAUCAUUCUCAACCGUUUCAUCGCCUACGUCAACGCCAACCAUUCCGGCAAUCAGACGGGCCUUGAACCACUUUUUGGAAGGAUACAUGACGCAUAAAACAACCAACGAUGGCGGGAGUAUCGCGCAGUCGAGAUCAACUUGGAUUGGGCCCAGCACUGUUCCCGUGAUAGCCGGACCAACCAUGUCAGAAACUUCAUCUUCAGCCCAAGCUUUUCCGGUGCCUCAUCCGCCAGCCCUUAAUGAGAGUGAAGCUCUUGGUCUGUCAUCAAUGGAAAGCACGCCUCAUCCAUCAGUCGGCGAUCUUCUAGUGAUAGACCCGAGGCUCCUCGCCAUCAAUACAACGGAAGCACCAAGCAUGGACUCACCUUCCUUCCAAGUUUCCGAAGUUCUCGACAGUGGAGAGAAUGCCGUUAUACCGGACCACGAACCUUCAGCAUGGGAGCAGGAUGUCGUUCAAUCGCAACAUACGUUUGCCUCGUCAGUGUCCAGAAGCACCCAAGCUACGUUCUCGGACGAAUUUCUGCAGUAUGAUUUCGAUACUCGGGAUCUAUCAAAUCAUGAUACUGCACCUUCGACGCCUUUGACUUCCGACGAGGAUGAGAAACACGAUUGA